GGUAAAGCAGGCGAACACCGCGCGAAGCCCCGUGUGUUCUGCUGGUGCCUCUGAGCUGCUGCCCCCCCCCGCACCCGCUUUCAUGACACAGCCUGUCAUCAGUGUCUGUUUCGCCCCUCACUCUUUUUGUUUCUAAAACGCCGUGCCACCUUAAAACAGCGGCGUCAAGCUAGCUCGCGUUAGCCGCCGGGAUUUCAAAACAAAAGCCUGAAAGUGGCGCCUGCUGGAUAACCGCUCCGGGUACAGUAUGCCAAAGGAACAACCUUGCCUGAGCGAGCACAGCCCCUGUGCCACAUCCAGCAAGAACGCCAAAGAUGAGCGCAACAGUACGAUUCUGCUGGCGAUGCGUGAAACUACAGACGCAGAUGACUCCAGUGGAAGGGGCUCCCUCUGCAGCUCAGAGAAGGACUCAGGCUACUCUGAUUGCUCAGACUGGCAGCAUAUGGAUGUGGAGGACCAGCAUAGUGACAGAGGAAGUGAGUGUGCAGAAAUGUCACAACCUGGCCAGAACAGAGAACGUGGGCAAAGAAAUUCUGAGGAUUCCACCCUGAUGCUUGCAGGACGUGAGCUCCCACCCAUCAACAUAAUCGACAACAUGGGGCUGAAGCAGACCCCCAAGCCGGACACGAUCCAGAAAAAAGGUCAGCUACUCUGGAGAAAUCAAAGCUGGGAAACUGGCAGUUCCGAUGCUUCCCCUUUGCUCGUGUUGCCGACCACCCGGCAGCCCCACAAGCCCUUGUCCCGGAAGCCCAACAUCACGGGCAAGAAAAGAAACGGCACAUACCUGCCUAUUUUCAACUCCUUAUCCAGUAUUGCACCACCCUCCAGCAAGAAGCCCCCAGAUAUAUCUUUAUCAAACGAAAAGCUCCAGAAUCUGAGCGAGAAUGUGUCCACCAAACAUAAGAGUGAAGGUACACCAGGGACCAGGAGUCUGCUAGAUCAGCACCUUAAUAAGCAACCCAAAUUAGCAUUCUCAUGCUCCUCUUCAGCCAGAGAUACUGUAUCGUCCUCCACUUCCGAUAUUGCUUGCUCUAGCCAGGGCUCUCCAUCUGCGUCCACUGUGCACACCGCCGGCUCCUCCAGAGGACUUCACAGGUACGGCACCACUAAUGUUAGCCACCGCCGUUUCCUCAACACAUUAGAAAAGCUAAGACAAUCUGGUUUGUUAGACAUUGCACUGCGCACAAAGGAGCUGCUGCGCCAAAGCAACGCUAUCGAGCAGGACAUUUCGGAACUGCGCCAGCACACGGAGCUGCUGUGCCAGACCGCCAGCAACCCCAGCUGCGGCCUGAAUGGUGUCACAGCCUGGGAACCUCUCCACAGAGCCAUGUCCGAGUCCUGCAGCUACCCCAACCUCCAACGCCUGCACAACUUACAAACCCCGCCUCAUCCAGAUUCUUCUGGUCAACCAGAGAGUAUUAACACAGUAGACGGUGAGCAGCCAGCCACUGAGAGCUCGGAUGUGUCACCAGCUCAUUGUCCCCCAGCCUUACUGGAUCCAAACCAGAACUGUCCUGUAUCACCGCAUCAGUCGGAACAAAGCAGGGAGCUCGCCACCGGUGGGAAAGUCACCUUUACGCCUCCUGACAGUUCUACUGAUUAGCACAAUCUGCAGUGCCUUGAGGAGGAGAUCCUGCCAGUGGAGAACCGGUAGUUAUGUUUGGAUAUGAUUUGUUAUGUUUUAUCUCUACUUAUUUUAGAACGUACUGUACAAUGUCAUUGUGUUCCCAGUUGAUUUAUUCUUUUAACUGGAGUUAAGUUUUUGACAUCUGAAAUUUGAUUUCAUAAUUAAUGUGCUUAAGUGCAACACAUUGCCAAGGCACCAUCAUCUAUCACUACUGCAGACGUUGCAGAACCACACGCAGGAGGAGGCGCUGUCUGCCAAUGAGCCACUUGAUGGAUUAUGUGAAAAUAAAAUGUGUGUCCUUAUAAGGAAGAGGUUAUUUGCUAAAAAUCAAGUGGCACUUGAUGCAGUUAUGACAACUUCCACGUGCAAUACCAGGUCAUUUGUCAUUUUGCCUUCACAACUGGGAAAAUGGGAAUAGAUCAUUUUUGAAUGAAAAAGUGAGUUGUGUCCCAAUUCAGAGGCUGCAUCCGCAUUCUUUGGUUAGGCUCAGGCGUGAUACUCAAGCUUGGCACAUCUCGUUGUUUUGCCAACGCAAUUUCCUCUUUUUAAAUACAGUUACUCAUUUAAGGCACAACGAAUCCUUCAAUUCCUAGGGUCGGAAAGGAUCCACCUGCAUCUUCGUUUCUCUGGGAUGGAAGGAUGCAUUUGUUGCAUUUAAAGGAGCCAUUGAAAUGGGACAGUCCAGUUUCACCACUGUGAUGCUUUUGGUCUUGAAAUGCAGCCUCUUAAGGUUGCAGCCACUGAAUUAGACACAGCUAUAGAUUCUUAUAAAUUUAUUUCCCUGAGCAAGAGCAGUCUCUAAGAUUGGUGCCUACGAAAGAACAGAAAAAGGCUCCCAGAAAAAUUGCACUUUAAGGAGGCACAAAAGAGAGCCUAAUGCUGCAGAGAAACUCCUCCUGUAACGUCACAGACUGCAUCACACUGGACUGCUUCAGGGACUUGUUUUCAAACGCUUCUCCAACAAAGCCUUAAAGACUCAAGUGAUAUUUUACUCUCUACGAAGAUGCAUAACUGUCACAGACUGUGACACUCGGUGAACUCUAUUCAUUUAACAUACACAGCACAUGCCUUGUUAUAAUGGAAGUGAUUAACCACAGACUGGAUGCCGAUAUCGCACAGGAGAUCUGUUACACCAUUUUCUCUCAUGCAAGAACUCUCUCCAGUUCGAUGAUUUGCACAGAGCCACUAACUUUGUCUUGUGGUCGUACGUUUUUUUAUUCAUAGAUGUAGCACCGUUUGCAUCGUGAGCCUGAGAGAGUUUGACAGUGUUUUUGUAUAAAAUGAUGUUGACUCAGUGAUUUAUAUGCAUGUGAUAUACGUGGAAUUAUUCUUCCACUAUUUUGGGCUCAUGCAUAUGACACACAUUAAUGAAACUGAGAGUGGUUUAUGCAGUGCAUUUUUUCAUAAUUUUAAGGUAUUCAA